AUGUAUCCAAGCGACUCAACAUACACGUGUGUUUCAUGUGAUGCUACAUGCAAUGGUAACUGCGAUCAAACAACAGGCAAGUGCACUGGGUGUAUCAACAAUUAUGUGUUUGAAGCAACUAAGAGUCGUGUGUGUGUUGCUUGCAAAUCGUUUGAUCCAAGUUGCAAGAUAUGUUCGUCUGAUUACAACAGAAAAUGUGUUGAAUGUGAGAGUGGAUACUAUCCAAAUCAAAGUGGGGUCUGUGUAUUUUGUAACACAACUAUCACAAACUGUAAAUCAUGUAAUUCAAGAGAAAACAAGUGCUUGUCGUGUAAAGACCCAUAUUAUUUGUCAAACCAAACUUGUUUGAUUUGUACUUCUGGAACUUAUAAAAACACUGAAACAUCAUGUGAAAAGUGUUACAUUGGCAUCCCAAAUUGUCAAGCGUGCUCAACUAAAACGGUUGGAAUUCCUGUUUGUAUCACGUGUUAUUCGCCAUUUCAAAUUAAUACUCAAACCAGUUUGUUCAGAUGGAUAUUAUCUGUCAAACAACAAAUGUGUGUCGGCAACCAAAUGUAUGGGCAAAUCAACACUUUCGAAAGUGUCAUGUGA